UAACUUUCAUAUUCUGAGAAAUGAUGUUACUGGCAGAUAGAAAUACAAGUGGGACCACGUUUACCCUCUUGGGCUUCUCAGAUUACCCAGAACUGCAAGUCCCACUCUUUCUGGUUUUUCUGGCCAUCUACAGUGUGACUGUGGUAGGGAAUAUUGGGUUGAUUGUGAUCAUCAGAAUCAACCCCAAGCUGCACACCCCCAUGUACUUUUUCCUCAGCCACCUCUCCUUUGUGGAUUUCUGCUAUUCCUCCAUCAUUGCUCCCAAGAUGUUGGUGAGCCUCAUUGUCAAAGACAGAACCAUUUCAUUUUUAGAAUGUGUAAUACAAUUCUUUUUCUUCUGUACCUUUGUGGUCACUGAAUCCUUUUUAUUAGCUGUGAUGGCCUAUGAUCGUUUCGUGGUCAUUUGCAACCCUCUGGUCUACACAGUUGCCAUGUCCCAGAAACUCUGUGUGGUGCUGGUUGUGGGAUCCUAUGCCUGGGGAAUCACAUGUUCUGUGAUACUGACGUGCUCUGCUUUAAAGUUAUCUUUUCAUGGUUUCAACACAAUCAAUCACUUCUUCUGUGAGUUAUCUUCCCUGAUAUCACUCUCUUGCUCUAAUACUUCCCUCAACCAGUGGCUGCUUUUCUUUUUUGCCACCUUUAAUGAAGUCAGCACACUACUCAUCAUUCUCACAUCUUAUGUGUUCAUCGUUGUAACCAUCCUCAAGAUGCGUUAUAGUGGGCACUGCAAAGCCUUUUCCACCUGUGCCUCCCACCUGACCGCCAUCACCAUCUUCCAUGGCACCAUCCUCUUCCUCUACUGUGUGCCCGACUCCAAAAACUCCAGGCACACAGUCAAAGUGGCCUCUGUGUUUUACACAGUGGUGAUCCCUAUGUUGAAUCCACUGAUCUACAGUUUGAGAAAUAAAGAUGUCAAGGAUACAGUCACCAAGAUACUGGACACCAAAGUCUUCUCUUGUUGAGCCUGUUACUUCAGUGGAGUUUGUCACAUAUAUAAAUAGUGUGUCCAUAUUUACUGAUCUUAAAUCUAUCUUUACAAAUACAUAGAGUUAAGGUUGUUCAACUGAACGAAAUGGAUUUUGUUUUCAACAGACUAAACUUAACUCUGCCUCUUACCUUCUGAGAAACAACAAUAGUCUCUCUAAUCGUUGCUAUUUCAUUUAUGAAAUUAGUAUAACGUGGGUUAGAUCAUAGUUUGAUUGUGAAAGGUUAAAAUAUAAUGAACACCUUGUGUAAGUCCAUGAACAUUAUUAAUUCUAUAUCCCUUUCUUAUAAAAUACCAGGAAUAAACUAAGUGCUCAAUAAACGUAUGAAUUUCUUUUAUAAAUGUGCAAAAUAUGUUAAAGAAGAGAUAGUCCUCGUCCUCAAGGAUGCAAAGCUGUGUUGAUAAUAGGACAAUGAAGAAGUGGCUAUUGUAUAAGGCAAAAAUUGAUAAGUACCAAAGAGAGUUUGAGAGAAGAGAAAGUUCAAAUCCAUUUAGGAAUUUUAGAAGGAUGUCUUAAUGAAAUAGGUAUUGUUUGAAACUGGCUUUUGAAAAGGAUAUGGGCAGAGUUUAGGAGACACAUUUCAGUGAGAAAAGGGUUUUAUUUGGGAGAAAACAAUGUGAGUGAAACUAAGGAGAUAAGAAUGCAAUACACAGUCAAAGAUCAAAGAUCUAGUAUGUAUUUUAUUGAGCUAACAUAACAGAAUGUGUGUCUGCUGUGUUAUGUAUAUAGGUACUCGACAUGAAUGGAAAUUUUAAUACAUAUGGGCUAUAUCCUGACUGUGUUUUUAAAGGAGCUCUAGUGAGAUAGUCUAAUAAACUAAAAUAGACUUUUCCAGAAGCUGAGAAAUAAUGGAUCAGAUCUUAGAAAAUCUUAUGUACCAAAUUAGGGAUGACAAACACCUGCCCAACAUGUAUGUCACACUGUUAGACAUCACAAACAGUAUCAAUCCAUUAUGACUUUUUUUCUUUUAUGAUAAGCAUGGAAAUAAUCUCUGAAUCCU